GCUGACAAAGUAUCUGGCAACCCACGGGCGCAAUCUGUACACCGGCAGGGUUUGUGCUUUACGGGAGUGAUCUUUUUAUUAUGCGAUCUAUUUAAACACCAAGCCUUCAUUGUACAUGUACGUUUUUAAGGCUGCAUAGCGUUUAGCUGUUUGUUUGGCAACAUCCCUUCAGUAGCCUUUAAUCUCUUACGUUAUUUCUGUCGUUUCAAUGGCAAGACGGCAAUUAAAGGUACAGACGCCUAUCGAUUAUUAUUGUCCUGCCAGCUAGGUAAGACACAGUGAAUAUUAACGUUACCUCUGCAGCUUAUUUUGUAGUAUUUGCAUAAUCUGCAUGAUAAUGCUGCGAAUACUCACUAGGUUGCUAAAAAUAGCAUUUAUAGGUUAAUGAUUUUCGGUACAGUUUAAUCUCAUCCUGGCUCAAUCAGACAUCAAAUCUUCAAUAAUUCAUAAUGCGCGCUAACAAGUCAGUUUAUAGUCAAAUGGAAAUGUAUUGAGAUCGAAUUUUUGUGUUGAACACUUGACGCUCGCGGCAGGUUGGUCGCGCUGUAUUAAAGUGAAUCGCAAAGGCCAGAGGCGGAUUGAGUGAUCAAGGUGGCCGAGAGAGGAGACAGAAGAUGGGCUUUCGGAGUGAGGAGAUGUGUUUGGCGCAGCUGUUCCUGCAGUCCGGUUCGGCGUACGACUGCAUCAGCGAACUCGGAGAAAUGGGGCUGGUUGAAUUUCGAGAUCUGAACCCCAGCGUCAGCUCCUUCCAGCGCCGCUUCGUCAGUGAGAUCAAGAGAUGUGAGGAGAUGGAGAGGAUUCUGGGGUAUCUGCUGAGGGAAAUCAGGAAGUUUAAUCUUGCAGUGCCAGAGGCUGAAGUCCCUCCUGUUGCUCCUGCACCCAAAAAUGUCUUAGAAAUCAUGGAGCAACUGCAGAGGCUGGAGGUGGAGCUCAGCGAGGUGGCCAAGAAUAAAGAGAAGCUCCAGCGGAACCUGCUGGAACUGACGGAGUACACGCACAUGCUGAGAAUCACACACACGUUCAUGCACAGCCGCUCCAGGCAUGAAGCCCUGGGCCCUCAGUAUGAGGAGUUCCCGUCUCUGGAGACUGAAUCAGUGACAGGCUGCACCAGCAUGCAGAGACUGGGCGCCAAACUCGGCUAUGGUUUCCACAGUUACCACUGUCAUCUCUACCCCCACCCUGAAACAGAUGAGGAAAGGGUCGAUGUGAUGGACAGCUUGAGGACACGCAUCCAAGACUUACAAAACGUUUUGCACCGCACCGAGGAUUACUUGAAGCAGGUCUUGCAUACGGCGUCUGAGUCGACGCACUCGUGGGUGCUGGAAGUGAAGAAGAUGAAAGCCAUCUAUCACAUCCUUAACCUCUGCAGCUUUGACGUCACCAACAAGUGUCUCAUCGCUGAAGUGUGGUGUCCAGUCAGCAAUCUGGCGAACCUGAGGAGGGCGUUGGAGGAGGGCUCAAGAAAAGGUGACGCCACCGUCCCUUCCUUUGUGAACCGUAUCCCAAGCAGUGACACUCCACCGACACUUUUGAGGAGCAACAAGUUUACCUCAGGCUUCCAGAGUAUAGUGGAAGCGUAUGGAGUGGGCGACUACAGGGAGGCCAGCCCAGCUCCUUAUACCAUUAUCACCUUUCCCUUCCUGUUUGCGGUGAUGUUCGGAGAUCUUGGUCAUGGUUCAGUCAUGACUCUCUUUGCUUUGUGGAUGGUGUUGACUGAGAAGGACCACAAGCGAAGACAACCAGGAAAUGAGAUCUGGACGACCUUUUUUGAUGGGCGGUACAUCAUACUGAUGAUGGGAUUAUUCUCCAUAUACACUGGACUCAUUUAUAAUGACUGUUUCUCCAAAUCCCUCAACAUCUUUGGCUCAGCCUGGAGUGUCAAGGCCAUGUUCACACAGCAGGAGUGGACAAAUGAAACUCUACAAACAAAUGCUUUACUCACCUUGGAUCCCAACGUUUCCGGUGUUUUCUCUGGACCUUAUCCAUUGGGCAUUGAUCCAAUUUGGAACAUGGCCGUGAAUCGCCUGACCUUCCUCAACUCCUACAAGAUGAAGAUGUCUGUGAUCAUUGGAGUCAUUCACAUGACCUUUGGGGUGGUGCUCAGUGUCUUCAACCACUUGCACUUCCGACAGAAGUUUAAGAUCUAUCUUCUCUUUCUUCCUGAGCUGCUCUUUCUACUUUGUCUCUUUGGGUACUUGGUCUUCAUGAUCUUUUACAAAUGGCUGGCGUUCUCAGUGCGAGACUCACAGCUGGCUCCAAGCAUUCUCAUCCACUUUAUCAACAUGUUCCUAAUGCAGGAGAGCGCCACUACACCCCUUUACCCUGGCCAGAUUGGACUGCAGGUGUUUCUAGUGGUGUUGGCUCUGCUGUCGGUGCCAGUGCUGUUAUUCGGGAAACCUCUGUACCUCUACUGGCUGCAUCAUGGCGGGAAGAGUCUGGGGGUCCACAGGGGCUACGAACGAGUUCGGCGUGUGAGUGAAGAAGACCUGUCACCGUCUGUAGUCCAUGAUGAAGAGGAGGGACUAAGUGACUCAGGAGGGCCUCGGGAGAUUGAUUUCGGAGACAUCUUCCUGCAUCAAGCAAUUCACACCAUAGAGUACUGUUUGGGCUGCAUUUCCAACACGGCCUCCUACUUGCGUCUCUGGGCCCUGAGUCUCGCUCACGCCCAGCUGUCAGAGGUACUGUGGGCGAUGGUGAUGCGUCUGGGUCUGAGGAUGAGCUCCAGCCUGGGCGUGCUUUUCCUUGUUCCUGUGUUCAGUGUCUUUGCUCUGCUCACUAUCUCCAUUCUCUUGGUCAUGGAGGGUCUGUCCGCUUUCCUCCAUGCGCUGCGUCUUCACUGGGUGGAAUUUCAGAACAAAUUCUACAGUGGAACAGGAGUAAAAUUUGCCCCCUUUGACUUCUCCCUGUUGCCCUCUGUCUUUGAGCAAGAUGGGUUACUCUGACUGUAACCCACAACACUUUGAACAGGACCCCGUAGCUUAUCGUGACCUGCUGACCUUUGGGUACUGGACAAUGACCCAGAAGUUGUAGAAGAAAAAACUAGCAUUCUUGCACUGCAAAACGUGGUCCCGGUCGGAAUCGGAUCGGUACGCUAACCUGACAGCCCCAUUUGCAGCAGGAUUAUCAGCUUUGGUUCCAUCAUGUGCUGUCAUUCGAAGAUUGUCAACAAAGUCCUGUUAUUAUAUUUAUCUUCAGAGAUAUGACUUGUAUUUGGUAUUGCACCUUCAUAAGCAUUUACUGUCAUAUCUUUUCAAAGUGCCAUAACUAUUUUUCAAUGUACAGUUUUGUAUGCUACACUGAAAUGUACUUUUGCUUGCUUUAGCUAGGUCUUAGAAAAAAAAACGUUGCAGGUACACUAUGGUGUGGGUAAUGCUACACUGUGCAAUGAACAAUGCCAAAUAAAAAUAUAUCAUUUCCAAUGUGA